GGGAUUUUGAGUUUCUUCUUAUCGUCUCCGCAAAAUAAAAUUCAAAGUUCGCAUUGUUGCGUCGCGCGGCUUUUUUUAUUGUUCUCUAUACCAAACCAAAGCGCAGUCAAUCAAGAUCACAGCUCUCACCACAAGCAAGCAAGCAAGCAAGCAUGGAGACAACGAACAGCAAUGCUGCAACACUGUUCACCACCAAUCUUCAACUCCUUGGUUUCGUACCUGAAAAAUUCAACACCGGUGUCUUUCGCAAGAUCGUGUUUGAUGAGCGCAUGUUUACACACGCCAACAACAACAAAGCUUUCGAAGCAACGAGCCAUUUUUUAUUCCACAAACUUGAUGCGACACGGUCAGCAACUGAAUUUGCGAAAUGCUGGCCAUUGAGCGAUACUGACUACUGGCGACAGUCGCGCGAAUACCGCACAAUCGCGUAUCGAUGGCUCGAUGAACUACGAAUCAAACAGUGUCUUCCCGGCCGAAUCACUUUACGCAAGAGUUAUUUCGAAGAUUGUCGUGGUGAAAAACUAUACGCAAUUAUGCUCGCUUUUUCAACUUUUGUUGUGCAAAAGGUAUUGGAUCGAAGGCUCGCGAAUAAGGACAAACAGAACAGUAGCAUACAUGCACCCAUUCGUAUCUUAGGUACUACUUCCGUUACUAUAGCGCGUAAGGAACAAAUUAUCAGCAACUUGGAGGUAAUAAUACUACAAUGAAUCAAAGCAGUCAAAUUACAGAGAGAAACUCA